AUGGGCAACCACCCCUCCGCCGUGGUCGACGAUGGCCAGAGCUCCAUCCACCGCCAGAGCUACACCGUCCGCGGCGACCUGUACGCCCGCUCCGUAACGGCCUCGACCAUCAACGCCCGCGUCAUCUACGCCCGCCGCGUCACCUGCCAGCGUGCCCAAAUCUCGCGCCAGGAGACGCUCCUCCCGCAAAACUACCCGCAGUCCCCCCACCGAGCCAUCACGGCGCACACGGUCAACGCCGACGCCAUCUACGCCGACGAGAUCAACUGCAAGACGCUGCGCUGCUACGACGUGUGCGUCGGCGAGGGCGAGCAGUUCCGCGUCAAGCGCGUCGAGCGCUUCGACCGCGACCAGGUCGGCUGGGACGGCAAGGAGGACGACAAGAGCGACGAGUCGGACAACGAGAGCGACGAGGAGACGACGCGCGACGCCGAUCGCGCGCGCAGGAAGAAGAUGCUCGGAUACGGCGCCGCCGGUGCCCUCGGCCUCGCGCUCGGUGGUGCCGCGCUCGGAUACGCCCAUCACCGCAAGCACGAGAAGGAAGAGGAGGAGGAGAAGAAGAAGAAGGAGGAAGAGGAGCAGCGCCGCCGGGAGGAAGAGGAGCGCCGUCGUCGUGAGGAGGACGAGAAGAACCGUCACCGCCACGACGACGAGGAGCGGCGUCGCCGUGAAGACGAGGAUCGCCGCAGGCGUGAGGAGGAAGAUCGUCGUCGCAGGGAGCAGCAGCAGCACCAUGCGCCGCCCCCUCAGCAGCCCAUGGGCGGCGGUGACUCGCAUGCUGGCCACCACCAGAAGAUGCACGGGGGCAACUACCACCUGUCGUCCCGCAGCCCCCGUUUGUGGUCUGAUGGUAACCACUGCUUCCUGGUCGCCGAAUGCGACGCCGGCGGUGGCCGCUUCCAGGAGAGCCGCAUCGACCUCGAUGAGAUCAUCACCAACCGCGAUGGCGAGUUCCAGUGGGUCCACCGCGGCCAGACGGGCAACUUCUCUGGCACCGCCGAGCGCUGGGAGAUUGUUGACACCGGUAACGUCAUGGUUGCCGACCUGCGCAAGGUUGAUGGCACCAUGCACCGCCGCCGCUUCGUCUUGUCCGAGAAGAUUACCAACGAGGGUGGUCACCUGAAGUACCUUGACUAG